UUACUCCUCGGCAUGGGUCGUAGUAUAUUAACAAGAUAAAGAUUUUGAAAUCUAGGUAAUGAUUAUGGGUGUCUCAUAUAAGCCCAAGGUAAAUGGUAGGUGUCCAGACGCACACAUUACACUGUCUGGGUAGCUUUGUCUAUAUUGUGCGUACGCCUGAAGACUGAAUACUGAGGAUCUGGAGGAUCCGACAAUCGUUUUGGAAAAACGAUUAUUUUAAAAUAAUUUUGUUAACAUCCACGUUAGCUAGAGACACGAUAAUUAGUGGCAUUAUCCCCGCACAUAACGAGGGAUGGACGAUGGAUACCAUAGCAGACGGCCGGAGUCGAGACAGAUGUUGGCAAUGACCAGGAACUCUACCAGUGGUUUCGGCAGCAGAAGCUUCUUGAGACAUGGCUCGGAUAGAGACAGGAAGUCUCAGUUCCACCUUGCAGUGGACGAGAGGAGACUGCCACCACCCGCUGUGUUCUGGAGCGAUAAUGAGAGAGAUGCAUACAGGAAAAACAAAAUCAUACAGAGUAAGUUAAAUUCUGAUCUGGAUGACAUCCGAUUACAUAAACAGCAUUCAUCUCGGGUGAUUAGAUGUGAUGCGCUGAGAUUCCGGUUACAUUCAACACGAUUUCCUCAUUUAACACCCUUGAAGUUCUGUGUUUGGGGAAACUACAAGCAGAUGCCUCGUCAUCGGUCAAUACAGUCGGGACAUGUGGGAAAUAUUACUGGACUGAAAUGUUCACCUGUUGGGGAUGACACUUUAUCAUGCAUAGUAGCGUCUUCACCCGAACGACAAACCUCGAUGGUACAACUUACCCCGACCAGGCAAACUACACAUUCCUCCUUGCACAGAAAUAGCAGUCUCAGACGUUACAUCGGAGAGGCACAGAGUACAGUUGGGUAUAAAAGGCUGGAGACGAGUCCUGUCCGUGUUCCGGAUUUACAGUAUCACACUAAGUUGAACGUUGAUAAGGAACAGGAUGAUCGGAUUAAAGCGGCUGACAAUGGUUCACAUCUUCACCAACUAAAAGACAGUUCAAAACAAGAUAUAUCUGACAAUGUACGGAAUGGUGACUUUGGUGCUUCCAUACAGGAUAAUAGGGAAGAUUCGCACGGGCAUAACAGUGUCAGUUCAUCCAUUUUAUCCAAAAAGAAAGCUUCGGGCAAGAAAGUACGAUGGAGUAAUCCAGAAUAUUCCUUUCUGAGGUCGAGGACAACAUUGGACGAUCCUUCCAAGGAUUCUACUCGAAUCACUCGCUGCGCUACGUGCGCAACACACGCACAACUGGCCAUAGGAGUGACGAUGUUCGACUCUAUAAGAGGUUCAGGAAGUUGGCAGGAGUCGGAUUGUGUAGUGGUAUUAAAAAUGCUAGGUAAUCACAUGUUGUUAUUAAUUGCCAUCUUGUCUGCUUUUUGUACAUAUGCAUAAUUAUUUAUUGUAAUAUGCUCUUGUGCCACCUUUUGUGGUUUCUGAGAAUAAACUGAUUCUGAUUCUGGUUCGCGGCAAAAUGGUCCCGA